UUGCUUAUUUAUUGGCUUUUUAGCUCUCACCACUCUCCUUAUACUCUCUCAUACCCUUCAUUCCUUCUUCACCUACUUAUAGCUCCACCUGGUUUACAUAUCUCCCACCUUUCAUACUCUCUCUCUCCUCCUCUUAUACCUAGCUAGCUACCUUGUAAAACAUAUAUACAAACAUGAGGAUGAUAGACUUGGGAAGCCAAAGAGGCCCUUUACAUAUUAUGGACACAGCAACCUCUGUAGACUGUGGCAGAGAAGUAAGGUUCAGAAGAUCCUUUCGAUCCAUAGUCGAGUGCAUGGUCCCAUGCUGUGGGUUCCAACCCUCCGACUCACUCUCCAGCGACACCGAAUCAACUCACGGUGGCUCCUCCUCUACAGUAACCGGAACUUUCUUCGGUUACAGAAAAGGCAGAGUCAGCUUCUGUCUCCAAGAUGACACUCGAAGCUCCCCACUCCUCCUUCUCGAGUUUGCUGUCCCCACAGCUUACCUCGCUCGAGAGAUGCAAUACGGGUUGCUCAGAAUCGCUCUCGAGUGUACCAGACAAAAGGAAAUGAACAUGGGCUCCAAAUCCAGUACUGGUUGCUCGAUCUUCAACGUGCCUGUUUGGUCCAUGUACUGCAACGGAAGGAAAGUUGGGUUCGCCAUAAGGCGUCAGAUGACAGAGAGUGAUUUGGCUGUGUUGAAGCAGAUGCAGACAGUGUCUGUUGGAGCUGGUGUGUUGCCUGUUGCUCCAAAGUCUGAGGAUGGUGACCUUAUGUACCUUAGAGCUAGCUUUGACCGAGUCAGCUCGACUGACUCCGAGGCCUUUCACAUGAUUAACCCAGUUGGGAGUUCUGGUCAAGAGCUCAGCAUAUUUCUUUUCAGAUCAUGAUAGGAGCCACAACCCCAGCACCAAAUUGUUGUUGCUAUUUGGACCAGUAUUUAUACUGUAGUUGUAGUACUAGUGAAUUUCAAUGUAUUAUGUGGUUUCCGAUCUUCAUGUCUUAAUUAGGAAAAUUUAUUCUUACUGCUUGUAUGUAUUAUAAAUGAUGAAAAUAUCUAAGUUCGGAUGUGCAACGAAAAACUAUAAUCUUAUA